UGCUCUCAUCUCUCAUCUGCACCGCUGCUGUGCUGCUGUUGCUGCUUCGCUGGAUCAGAGGAUUCAAACUUCCGGCACUGUCAUGGCGGCAUGCUGCUGUUUCUGACACCGACCAGACCGAGCACCGAGCCGGCCCGCGUUCGGCCCUCAACACGGCGCGGUUCGAGGAGCGCAGGGCUCGCGGAGCACGGUAGAGGCGUCCUCUCCUUUUCCACUUCACCAUCUUCAUCAUCCUCCUCUUCAUCACUAUCGGCGUGAGCGGCCAUGGCGGCGCAGAAGCCCGUGGAGUGGGUCCAGGCCGUCAUCAGCCGAUUCGACGAGCAGCUUCCUGUGAAAGUCGGUGUUCAAAACACACACACUAAAAUCAGCACAGAACACAAUAAGGAAUGCCUGAUCAACAUCUCCAGGUACAAAUUCUCCCUGGUCAUCAGCGGACUCACCAACAUACUGAAGAACGUCAACAACAUGAGAAUAUUUGGAGAUACUGCAGAGAGGAAUCUUUACCUGUCACAGCUAAUCAUCUUGGACACAUUGGAGAAGUGCUUGGCAGGGCAACCGAAAGACAGCAUGCGUCUAGACGAGACGAUGCUUGUGAAGCAGCUGUUGCCGGAGAUCUGUCAUUUCAUCCACACGUAUCGUGAGGGAAACCAGCACGCGGCUGAGCUGAGGAGCUCCGCCUGUGGUGUCCUGUUCUCUCUGAGCUGCAGUAACUUCAACGCCGUCUUCAGCCGCAUCUCCACCAGGCUACAGGAGCUGACUGUCUGCUCGGAAGAUACUGUGGACGUGCACGACAUUGAGCUCAUUCAGUACAUCAAUGUGGAUGGCUGUAAACUCAAACGCCUCCUCCAAGAAACUGUCUUUAAAUUUAAAGCCUUAAAGAAGCCGGCACAGUUAAGUGUCAUCUUCAAUUUAGAGAAGGCGUUUUGGAACUGGGUGGAGAAUUAUCCUGAUGAAUUCACCAGGCUGUACCAGAGGCCUCAAACAGACAUGGCUGACUGUGCUGAAAAGCUGUUUGAUCUGGUGGACAGUUUUGCCGAAAGCACGAAGAGAAAAGCAGCUGUUUGGCCUCUCCAGAUCAUCCUCCUCAUCCUCUGUCCUGAUAUCACGCAAGACAUGUCCAGAGAUGCAGCAGAGGACGCCAAAGACAACAAGAAGCUGUUUUUGGAGAAUCUGCGGAAAGCUUUGACUGGCCACGGUGGAAGCAAACAGCUGACAGAGAGCGCAGCCAUCGCCUGCGUUAAACUGUGUAAAGCGUCCACAUACAUCAGCUGGGAGGAUCACUCUGUUAUCUUCCUGCUGGUGCAGUCUAUUGUCAUGGACCUGAAGGGUUUGCUGUUUAACCCAGUUAAGCCGUUUUCCAGAGGCGCAGGAAGUCAGAGUGCAGACCUGGACUUAAUGAUCGACUGCUUCGUCUCCUGUUUCAGAAUCAACCCACACAACAAUCAGCAGUUUAAAGUGUGUUUGGCCUCGUCCUCCCCUUCAACCUUUCAUUUCGUGCUGGUGAAUUCUCUCCACCGCAUCAUCACUAAUUCUCCACUGGACUGGUGGCCGAAGAUCGACACAGUGUACUGUUAUUCUGGAGAGCUACGGCUCAUGUUUGCGGAGACUCUGGGACGAGUGGUGCAGGGCUGCAGUCACACAACGCUUCGAUUGACUCCGAGUUUGACGUUUAAGGAGAAAAUGAGCAGUCUGAAGUUUAAAGAGAAAACCACUGAUCUGGACACCAGGAGUCUGAAGUAUCUGCUCUUGGCUCUGGUGAAACUCAUACAUGCGGAUCCCAAACUGAUGCUCCAUAAUCCAGGAAAACAAGGUCUGGAGGUUCACAGCAGCACAGCAGAGCUCAUCACAGGCCUCGUCCAGCUCGUGCCUCUUGCUAACAUGGGAGAGAUUUCCCAGGAGGCCAUGGAGGCUCUGCUGGUCCUGCAUCAGCCUGAAAGCAUUGAGCUGUGGAACCCGGAUGCCCCUAUGGAGACCUUCUGGGACAUCAGUUCUCAGGUGCUUUACUUCAUCUGUAAGAAUCUGUUUGGUCAUCCGCUGGUUAGCAGUACUGAGAUUCUGAAAUGGCUGAGAGAGAUUCUCAUCUGCAGAAACAAGUUUCUUCUAAGGAAUAAGGAUCGGGCCACAGUGGGCAGCAACAUUGCUACCUGCCGGCAGGCUCAGACCAAGCUGGAGGUCUGUCUCUACAUGUUCCUGUGGAGUCCAGACAUGGAGGCCGUUCUAGUGGCCAUGUCCUGUUUCCGUUACCUGUGUGAGGAGGCAGAAAUCCGGUGCGGUGUUGAAGACAUCCCAGUGCAGUCUCUUCUGCCAAACUACAACACCUUCAUGGAGUUUGCCUCUGUCAGUAACAUGAUGGUCACAGGUCGUUCAGCUCUACAGAAGAGAGUAAUGGCUUUGCUUCGGAAGAUUGAACUUCCCACUCCUGGAAACACAGAGGCCUGGGAAGACACGCAUGCCAAAUGGGAACAUGCAACCAAGUUGAUUUUAAGUCACCCGAAAACGAAACUGGAAGACGGUCAGGAAUGGAUCAAUAUGACAGGCUUCUUGUGUGCGUUGGGCGGUGUGUGUUUGCAGCAGAGGCAUGUGUCAGCUCUGGCCACCUACAGUCCUCCUAUGGGCACCCUGAAUGACCGCAAGGGCUCGAUGGUGUCGAUGAGCUCUUGUGAGGGCAGCCCAGAGACACCUCUCGGCCGCUUUCUGGACCGUCUUCUGUCCCUGAUGGUGUGCAGUCACGAAAAAGGCCAUCAGAUCCGCACUAAUGUCAAAGACCUGGUGGGGCUGGAGCUCAGUCCAGUGCUUUACCCAAUGCUCUUCAACAAACUCAAGAACAGCAUCAGCAGAUUCUUUGAUGCCCAGGGGCCGGUGCCAAUUAAUGAGACCAACACACAGUUUGUGGAGCAGACCAUCGCCAUCAUGAAGAACCUUCUGGACAACCAUACAGAAGGUAGCUCGGAGCAUCUGGGUCAAGCCAGCAUUGAGACCAUGAUGCUCAACCUGGUCAGGUAUGUGCGUAUUCUUGGCAACAUGGUUCAUGCCAUUCAGAUUAAAACCAAAUUGUGUCAGCUGGUGGAGGUCAUGAUGGAGCGCAGAGAUGAUCUUUCCUUCUGCCAGGAGAUGAAGUUCAGGAAUAAGAUGGUCGAGUAUCUGACAGACUGGGUGAUGGGAACCUCCAACCAGGCUGCUGAUGAUGAUGUCAAAUGCCUCACCAGGGAUCUGGAUCAGGCGAGUAUGGAAGCGGUGGUGUCUCUUCUGGCCGGUUUGCCUCUUCAGCCAGAGGAAGGUGACGGAGUGGAGCUGAUGGAGGCCAAAUCUCAGCUCUUCCUGAAAUACUUCACUCUGUUCAUGAACCUGCUGAACGACUGCAGCGAGGUGGAGGACGAGGGUCAGCCGGUGGUCGGGAGGAAGCGAGGCAUGUCCAGGCGAUUGGCAUCAUUACGACACUGCACCAUCCUGGCCAUGUCCAACCUGCUUAGUGCCAAUGUGGACAGCGGCCUGAUGCACUCUAUCGGCCUGGGCUAUCAUAAAGACCUUCAGACCAGAGCCACCUUUAUGGAGGUGCUCACCAAGAUUCUUCAGCAAGGCACAGAGUUCGACACGCUGGCAGAGACGGCUCUGGCGGACCGCUUCGAGAGGCUGGUGGAGCUCGUCACCAUGAUGGGGGAUCAGGGCGAGUUGCCCAUCGCAAUGGCUCUGGCCAGUGUGGUGCCCUGUUCACAGUGGGAUGAACUGGCACGUGUUCUGGUAACUCUCUUCGACUCGAGGCAUCUGUUAUAUCAGCUCCUGUGGAAUAUGUUCUCUAAAGAGGUGGAGUUGGCGGAUUCCAUGCAAACGUUGUUCCGUGGCAACAGCCUGGCCAGUAAAAUCAUGACGUUCUGCUUUAAGGUGUAUGGAGCCACAUAUCUGCAAAAGCUGCUGGAGCCGCUGUUGAGAAGUGUGAUUGCGGGCACCGAGUGGCACAUGCUGAGCUUUGAGGUGGAUCCUACCAGACUUGAAAAUGGUGAAAAUUUGGAGGAGAACCAGCGGAAUCUGCUUCGAAUGACUGAACGCUUUUUUAAGGCCAUAAUCAGUUCAUCUGGAGAGUUUCCUCCUCAGCUGCGCAGCGUCUGUCACUGUCUCUUUCAGGCUACAUGUCACUCUCUCCUGUCUAAAGCCUCUGUCAAAGACAGAAAGGAAGUGAGGAAAGCAGUCGUGAGCCAGCGUUUUCCUCAGAACAGCAUUGGAGCUGUAGGCAGUGCCAUGUUCUUGCGAUUCGUGAAUCCAGCUAUAGUCUCUCCAUACGAGGCUGGGAUUCUUGACAAAAAACCUCAGCCUAGGAUAGAAAGAGGCCUAAAACUCAUGUCCAAGAUUCUCCAAAGUAUUGCCAACCAUGUUUUGUUCACAAAAGAGGAGCACAUGAGGCCUUUCAAUGACUUUGUGAAGAGUAAUUUUGAUGCUGCCAGAAGAUUUUUCCUGGACAUCGCCUCUGAUUGCCCUGCUAGCGACUCUCUCAACCAUAGCCUGUCCUUUAUUAGUGAUGGGAACGUUCUGGCUCUGCACAGACUGCUGUGGAACAAUCAAGAAAAAAUUGGCCAGUAUUUAUCUAGCAACAGGGAUCAUAAAGCAGUCGGAAGAAGGCCUUUUGAUAAGAUGGCCACCCUGCUCGCUUACCUGGGUCCCCCAGAACACAAACCUGUGGCAGAUACUCACUGGUCCAGUUUGAAUCUUACCAGCUCCAAAUUUGAGGAGUUCAUGACAAGGCACCAGGUCCAUGAGAAAGAAGAGUUCAAAGCAUUGAAGACUCUACACAUCUUCUACCAGGCUGGAACAUCAAAGAACGGAAACCCUGUGUUUUACUAUGUGACGCGCAGGUUCAAGACGGGCCAGAUAAAUGGGGACUUGCUUAUAUACCAUGUCCUUCUCACCCUCAAACCAUACUAUGCCAAACCCUAUGAGCUAGUGGUGGAUUUAACCCACGCUGGUCCAAGCAACCGCUUCAAGACCGACUUCCUCUCCAAGUGGUUUGUCGUCUUUCCGGGAUUUGCAUAUGAAAACGUUGCUGCCAUUUACAUCUAUAACUGUAACACAUGGGUCCGGGAAUAUACCAAAUAUCAUGAGAGACUCUUGACGGGACUCAAAGGCAGUAAGAAGUUACUGUUCAUUGAUUCGCCUGCACGGUUGGCUGAACAUGUGGAACCAGAGCAACAGAAGCUUCCGGCAGCUACACUUGCACUGGAAGAAGACCUGAAAGUCUUUCACAAUGCGCUAAAACUGGCCCACAGAGACACCAAAGUAUCUAUUAAGGUGGGCAGCACAGCAGUGCAGGUCACCUCAGCCGAACGAACACGAGUUUUGGGUCAAUCGGUCUUCCUCAACGACAUCUACUAUGCUUCAGAGAUCGAGGAGAUUUGCCUAGUGGACGAAAAUCAAUUCACACUGACUAUCGCUAACCAAGGGACGCCGCUGACCUUCAUGCACCAGGAGUGUGAGAGCAUAGUUCACUCCAUUAUCCACAUCCGCACGCGCUGGGAGCUUUCCCAACCUGACUCCAUUCCUCAACACACCAAAAUCAGGCCCAAAGAUGUUCCUGGGACCCUUCUCAACAUCGCUCUCCUAAACCUGGGCAGCUCGGACCCCAGUUUAAGGUCUGCAGCUUAUAACCUCCUGUGCGCCUUAACAUGCACCUUUAACCUGAAGAUCGAAGGGCAGCUUCUGGAGACGUCUGGCCUGUGCAUCCCUGCCAAUAACACUCUAUUCAUCGUGUCCAUUAGCCAGACUCUAGCGGCUAAUGAGCCUCACCUGACCCUGGAGUUCCUGGAGGAGUGUAUCUCUGGAUUCAGCAAGUCCAGUAUAGAACUAAAGCACCUGUGUUUAGAGUACAUGACUCCUUGGCUGCUGAACCUGGUACGCUUCUGCAAGCAUAGCGAUGAUGCCAAAAGGCAACGAGUCACCGCCAUUCUGGACAAACUCAUUACCAUGACCAUCAACGAAAAGCAGAUGUAUCCAUCCAUUCAGGCCAAGAUCUGGGGGAGCUUGGGCCAGAUAACUGAUCUCCUUGAUGUAGUUCUGGACAGUUUCAUUAAAACCAGUGCGACAGGAGGUCUCGGAUCCAUCAAAGCUGAAGUGAUGGCGGACACUGCAGUGGCUUUGGCUUCUGGGAAUGUCAAAUUGGUGUCAAGCAAGGUGAUCAUUCGCAUGUGCAAAAUCAUCGAUAAGACGUGUCUGUCGCCCACACCAACACUGGAGCAGCACCUGAUGUGGGAUGAUAUCGCCAUCCUGGCCCGGUACAUGCUCAUGCUGUCCUUCAACAACUCUCUGGAUGUAGCCGCACACCUGCCGUACCUGUUUCAUGUGGUGACCCUGCUGGUGGCCACGGGGCCUCUGUCUCUGCGGGCCUCCACGCAUGGCUUGGUCAUCAACAUCAUCCACUCCCUCUGCACAUGCUCCCAGCUGAGCUUCAGCGAGGAGACCAAGCAGGUGUUGCGUCUCAGUCUGACCGAGUUCUCCCUGCCGAAGUUCUACCUGCUGUUCGGCAUCAGCAAGGUCAAGUCGGCUGCGGUCAUUGCAUUUCGUUCCAGCUACAGGGAUCGCUCAUUCUCGCCGGGGUCCUAUGAGAGAGAGACCUUUGCUCUGUCAUCUCUGGAGACGGUCACAGAGGCGCUGCUGGAGAUCAUGGAGGCUUGCAUGAGGGACAUUCCAGGCUGUAAAUGGCUAGACCAGUGGACCGAUCUGGCGCAGAAGUUUGCAUUUCAAUAUAAUCCAUCCCUCCAACCACGGGCACUUGUGGUAUUCGGCUGCAUCAGCAAACGAGUCACACAUACGCAGAUGAAACAGAUCAUACGGAUCUUGAGCAAGGCCAGCCUUCUCCUCAGCAUCGACCGGGGUUUGGAGAGCUGCCUGAAGGGUCCCGAUAACUGUAACAGCCAGGUGCUAAUCGAAGCCACAGUCAUUGCUCUCACUAAACUACAACCUUUGCUCAACAAGGACUCAGCGAUGCACAAAGCUCUGUUCUGGGUCGCUGUGGCCGUACUGCAGUUGGAUGAGGUGAAUCUGUAUUCUGCAGGAACUGCUCUGCUUGAACAGAACCUACACACACUCGAUAGCCUGAGAGUCUUCAACGACAAGAGUCCUGAGGAGGUGUUUAUGGAGAUCCGUCAGCCUCUGGAAUGGCACUGUAAACAAAUGGACCACUUUGUUGGCCUCAAUUUUAACUCCAACUUCAAUUUUGCUUUGGUCGGUCACCUGUUGAAAGGGUUCAGACACCCCUCCCCCACCACAGUGGCACGUACCAUCCGCAUCCUGCACAUGCUGUUGGCGUUAGUAGGAAAACACCAGAACUGUGAUAAAUUUGAGGUGAACACACAGAGUGUGGCGUAUCUGGCAGCGCUUCUCCCGGUGUCAGAGGAAGUGCGCAGCCGCUGCAGUCUGAAACACAGAAAAUUGUUGCUUUUCUCUGAUGUCACAAUGGAGAAUGUUCAAAUGGAUCCGUAUUCUGUACAUCACGAGGAUCCAAGCGGCAGAACGUUGCGGGAAAACGAGCUGUGGGCAUCCCCGAAAGUCUCAGAGCGAUACUUGGUGGCCCAUUUCCCCAUAAUGGGGCAGAUCAGCCCACGAACACGCAAAUCAAUGAGCUUGGACAUGGGACAACCCUCUCAAGUCAACACCAAGAAGCUUCUGGGCACCAGAAAAAGCUUUGACCUCCUGUUAUCAGACAGCAAAGCACCAAAGAGGCCUGAAAUAGAGACUGGUAUCACAACGCCACCCAAGAUGAGGAGAGUGGCUGAAAACGAAUAUGAAAUCGAAACCCCAAGAAUCUCCCAUCACCACUUGCGGAAGGUUUCUGUGUCCGAGUCCAAUGUCCUGCUUAAUGAAGAAGUUCUCACAGAUCCCAAAAUCCAAGCACUGCUUCUGACUGUGCUGGCCACUCAGGUGAAAAACACUUCAGAUGAAUUUGAGCAGAGGAUCUUGUAUGAGUUUCUAGCCGAGGCCAGUGUUGUCUUCCCAAAAGUCUUUCCUGUUGUUCAUAAUCUUCUGGACUCUAAGAUUAAUACGUUGUUGUCGCUGUGUCAGGACCCACAUCUUCUGAAUCCAGUUCAUGGAAUUGUUCAGAGUGUAGUUUAUCAUGAAGAGUCUCCACCUCAGUACCAACCGUCCUACCUGCAAACUUUUGGGUUUAAUGGACUCUGGAGGUUUGCCGGUCCUUUUUCGAAGCAAACUCAGUUCCCAGACUAUGCAGAGCUGAUAGUCAAGUUUCUGGAUGCACUGAUUGACACCUAUCUUCCGGGCAUUGAUGAGGAAACAAGCGAGGAGGGUCUGCGGACACCCACCUCUCCAUACCCUCCACCUGUGCAGAGCCAGCUCAGCAUCACUGCCAACCUCAACCUCUCAAAUUCAAUGACCUCGCUGGCCACCUCCCAACAUGCACCAGGAAUGGAUAAAGAGAAAGUGGAUCUAUCCCCCACCACGGGUUUGGCAGCCGGCGGACGCACACGCCACGGCUCGGCCAGCCAGGUCCAGAAACAGCGCAGCACCGGCAGCUUUAAGAGACCUAGCAUUAAAAAGAUUGUAUGAGAACUGCAGCACAGCAGGGUUUCGCCUCUGCUGGACCUCUAACAUACAUUCUGCUGCCUUUUCUGCGGCUUCUCUUCACUCCCGCUAAACCCAGCAUUUACGAUAAUCUUUAGGUUCUGCUGUUCGGGAUCCAAAUGAAAACCUCUGUUUUUAAAACCAGCCACUGUUUAACACGGAUGGGAGGACGUCCAGUAUUUUUAGUUAUAUUUGUGCAUAAUAGAACUGAAUAGUAUAUUGUUUUUUAAAAGCACUACAUUCUUUCUUACUUUUAAUACGUGGAAGUAUUAACCAAGUGCCAUUCCUUUGUUGCAUUUAUUUGGUUUGAUUUAUGAGACGCUUAAAAGAAAUGUACAAUCGUUCAUGAACAACUACAAAAACGUACACUUUGGAUUUUAUAGUACAGCAAAAAAAAGUGUAAUGAAAUAUUAAAUGUGAUGGUUUGUCAAUUUCGGAUUAGAAGGGAAAGGUUUAACCCUUGUGUACUGUUUAAAUUGACUACCCUUUCGUUAUGUUUGGGGCUGAUUUUGCCCCAUUGACUUCCAUUAUAAUGGCAUCUUUUGAUUGCAAAGCCAUGAUUGCAUAUACUCAAGUAUUCCUGAUUGUUGCUGAUUCUCCCUUUUAAGAAGAGGCCAAAUUUGUCAUUUUUAUUGUUGAUGAUUAAUUGGCCGCAUUAACCCUUUAGAGUGCACUCACAGUAGGCCGGGGUGACCAAACUCUGUCCUGGAGGGCCGGUGUCCAACUUGCCUCAACUCACUUGCAAGAAUGUUUCUAGAAAGCCUAGUAAGAGCUUGAUUAGCUAGCCCAGGUGUGUCUGAUUUUGGAACUUAAGUUUGCAGGACACCGGCCCUCCAAAACCGAGUUUGGACACCCCUGCACUAGGCUAUUCGAACCGAGCCUGGGAGCAUUUCCGGGUUCAUUGGACAAAUGUGAGUGCUUCGAAUCAGGCCAAGGCAUGGUUCAGUUGGCCAGCCAUGGCCCGGUUGGAAGAGGUGUGCCAGAGAGCGGUUCGGUUGGGCUUUGGCGUGAUACACUUGUAGUGUGAGUGUAAAGCAUACCUAAGCCCGAAUUUGGAUUUCAUAUGAAUUUAUUAAUCUAUCUUACUUUUCAAUGAACGUCAUAGUUUAUUAAAGAUGCAAACCCUCGCUGCACGCCAGCUGCACCUUCAGCAAACUUCCUAAUACCUGCAGCACGAGGACGUUUAUGAGCGUCAAAAGCACUGCGUAAGUUACAACAGUGACCUAAAGAAACACUAAGUUACAAUUUACGCACCACUAAACUUAGUUUAAACGUAACGCUUUGUUCCAACUAAAUAUUUACGGCAGCCUCCCCACAUGAAUAACGGUAGAGGAGAGAUGACGUCGAGAUUAGACUACAUCGAGGAGCUCGCAAUGAUUAUGAAGAAUGAUCUUCCUCUACUCACACAGCCUGAAUUUCCUCCCAAAUCUUGCAUUUUUUUCGGUUUGUGAAAGAAGAGUUUAAAUUUCUUUUGAGGAAUGUUUUGUGUUAAUUGACCCUUCGCUAAGCCACACCCAAAAAACCGCCACUCACCAAUCGUGGCUUAGCAACCGUAGCUAUGCGCAGGAGGCCUGUCAAGCUUUUGAGCGAGAGAAACAAGCCAAAGCGUUGUUCAUACAAAUUGUGCAAAUCUGAUACUCAUUAUCCUUAAAGUUUGGACGGGGUGGUGGAAUUUUUUUCCCUUUUCAAAACCUAAAACCCAAGGGGAGAAAUGCCAGCAUGGAUCAAGCUUUAUGAGGGGCGCUUAAGAAGCGGAUUUAUGUUGGUUUUGUUUUGACAUUUCUGACACAUUCAGUGAUAGACUGACAGCAAUAACUCACACACCUCUUACCCUAAAAUAUAUGUUUCCUACAUAUAUUUGAAUAUUUGAAAUGACAUAUCAUCAGAACAAAACAGAGAUGUGAUCACACACUGAGCACAUGCGAUCAAUAUGCUUCACCUGCAGCUGUUUUUCAGUCAUUUAUAUCCCUCAUCAUAGAGUCCGUGUCCUGAUAAGAGCUACUAUUCACUGAUGUUUUCGUCGGUCUUUUGUAGAUUUCGUCAUUGGUGACCAUGUUAUACCGGGUUAGUGUCUUUAUUUUGGUUUAAUUAGUUAUUAUUAGAUAAUUUUUAAAUGUCACCUCUACUGCUGUGCAUGAAAUAAGCUGUUGAAUAGUCAGUGUAUGAGGCGGCUAGGCUAACCUAGCUUCAAUUCUGAUUUCAUUAUUUUCCAAUCGGUUGACUAUUAUAUCGUGAAUAUACCCUUGUAAUGUAUACUGCAGUCCUGUUUUAUCUGGCUUUCUCGGAUAUGUCACCUGUUCGCCAAAAAUGACUAAUUAUAUCCCUGGAAAUGUCUGACACUGGCGCAUACAGUAGACGUGCCAGGCACGAAAGCUUGACAGGCAUAGCAACAGUAACUAAGGAGGGCGGGGCUUAGCGAAGGGUCAAUUGUAUCCAUCAAUUAAAAUGAGAAUUUGUUCAUGACUGAGAUAUUCUCCCUGCUCUUUUCUCUUUUACGUCUUAUGUUUUGAUUUGAACUUCAUGUGUAUUUUGCGUGAAUGCAGAUAUGUGCGCCAUCUGUUAUCAGUGACUGAAAAAUUUAAAGGACAGUAAUAUAUAGAUGCAUUAGUUGCAGAAUUUUGAACCAGUCUGACGAUUUAAAUGCUUUUUAUUAGCUAUCACGUCAUCCAAUGCAACUACACGCAACUUUACGGAGAGCUUACGACCUACUAACUACGGUGUGCCCUAAGAACAUGUGGUGCAACCAGAGUAUGAACAAAUUUACUUUAUUUUAGUAAUUUAUUUAGUGUGGACUUUACGUUCCAGUUUAAGAAAUAACUCGCGAACAGCUGGUGCAACAAUACCCUGUUCCACAAAAUAUUAAACUGCAUGUCACUGCAGCCCAAAUGACUAAGAAUAAUACAAAAGGAUAUAACUUAAGCACCCUCUACUGUGCUGAGCGAGAGCGCUUCUCUUCCUGUUAAACUGAACAGUCGCAUUAUCGAUGACGUAAGUGUGCUCCAGCUCUGAAGGUAAAGCAAUCGGGGGAGAGAGGAAGGGGGACAAUCGCACUUCAGCACGGUUCAAGGCAACCGUACUUAAUGUGAGUACACACCUAGAUAGGCCUGUGCAAAAAGGUUUCCGGCUUUUAUAUGGAGUAUAAUAGCAGAUUAUAGUGUGCGUGCAUAAAUACACUUACUAUAUUUAUUAUGUUCUGAGAGCUGAGCUGCUUAUUUUGAUUUGCUCAGACAUCUCAUGGUCUCUCUUGCACUCUCACCCACUAUACCCCAAAGCUUUUUUGCCCUGUAACUGAUUAUGAACAGUAAACAUCAGCAUUUGACCUCUUCCCAACAAGGAAAACCACCAACAAUCAAGAAUGCAUGAUUAUAUGGUGUCAUGGCUUUGCAAUCAAAAAAACGUCAUUAUAAUGGAAGUCAAUGGGGCAAAAACAGCCCCCAACAUAACAAAAGGGUAGUCAAUUUGCCAAGACUGUUUUGUUGAGAGUUUUUUAUUUUUAUUUUCCCAAAAUAUGUGUCCAAAUACGUUUUGUCACCAGAAAUCAUUCAAUUUGCUGAAACACAGAAAGUUGUGGCCAAAUCAAGACUCAAAAUCACCCCAGAGUGGAUGAAAACAUCCCCAACAGCACUCAAGGGUUAAAGAUACACACGGCCCAUCAAGGAUUUUUAAUUUUACAAGCACUUUUUUAAAAUUUACUUGAAGCUUAUAUCUUUACGUUUUAGCUCAGUGAACUGUAACUUUCUUCACAUCCUGUACUCUCCGGUUUUGAGUUUUAAGACUGAAACAAGUCUUUCUUACUGGUCAUGUAAAUGUUAAGCCCUGUGAGAUAUUGUUUGUCUCUACAAUGAAAUCCAAGCUUAAAGUCAUAACUUUUAUACUUACCCAAUGCCACUUUAACUCCUGAAUAUGUUGAUUUGUAAGUACAGUAGGAAAUUUUACUUCGCAUUGGUACGUUUUAAUGUCACAUCGAGUGUUAAACGUUGGUUUAGUCAUGAUGGCAGAGACUGAUGGGUGUUUCAGACACUACACAGUGAGGUUUUUUCCUCUUUCGGCACUUGAGGUUAUGCAAACUUUUACAUAAUUGUUCUGUUUUGUUUCUAUUUUUUAUGCUUGAAGCUUCAUCUUUGUAAAUAUGUUUUUUGUGUAAAAAUAGAAAGGUAUAUUUACUACACUGUAAAUACAAGUGACAUUGUAUUAUUUAGCUUUUUUGUAAAGCAGUUAAUUGCUGAAUAUGUACAACACAAAAUAUGGAUUAUUGUCUGUCAAUCAUGUUCACUGCAUUAUGUCGAUUACCAUGGAGGGGAGUGUCGAGGAUUGCACUGAUGGUCGAAGUCUUUGUGUCCUCUGAACUCGCUUUAUAGUACAUUGUUGUUAUAAUCUGAUCUCAUAUUUACAGAUGUAACACUAAUAAAGUUCAUUUCUGUCCCGUUUGCUCAUCG